UCUGGGUCUGGCUCUCUUAUUCGUUCGAUUCGGGUUCGGAAUCAGUUGGCAUAGAGCUGGCGUGGCGUACGGACGCUCGGACACUUUGGUUCCCCAGUAAAUAUCAAUUACUUGGACAAAAGCCUUGAUUCGGUGACGGUUUCGGCGGUUGUGGUCACUAAAGACAUAUAUAUUGAAAUGAGUGCCCUCAUAUUUCUGUGCGCGAUUCUAAUUGGUUUUGUGAUUUAUUCACUUAUCAUUUCUGUGCGACGUCCCAAGAAUUUUCCCCCAGGACCUCGAUUCUGGCCAUGGCUAGGGAACACCAUACAGUUCCGAAAGGAGGCCCGUGCCCUUGGCGGUCAGCACAUCCUGUUCGAGCGGUGGGCGCAGGACUUCCGGAGUGACCUGGUGGGGAUGAAACUGGGCCGAGAGUACGUCGUGGUGGCUCUGGGUCACGAGAUGGUCAAGGAGGUGCAGCUGCAAGAGGUGUUCGAGGGACGGCCGGACAACUUCUUCCUGCGCCUGCGCACCAUGGGAACCCGGAAGGGAAUCACCUGCACGGACGGACAGCUGUGGUACGAGCACCGCCACUUCGCCAUGAAGCAGAUGCGCCACGUGGGCUACGGCCGCAGCCAGAUGGAGCAUCAGAUCGAACUGGAGGCGGAGGAGCUGCUGACCCAGUUGGAGGGCACGGGGGAGCAGCCAAUCGAACCGGUCACCUGGCUGGCCCAAAGUGUGCUCAAUGUGCUGUGGUGCCUGAUCGCCGGAAAGAGGAUCGCCAGCCAGGAGGAUGGCACCCUGCGCCGACUGCUCGACCUGAUGAACAGACGUUCCAAGCUCUUUGACAUCUGCGGCGGCCUGUUGGCCCAGUUUCCCUGGCUGCGCCAUGUGGCCCCCGAUCGCACUGGCUACAAUCUCAUCCAGCAGCUGAACACAGAACUGUAUGGCUUCUUUAUGGACACCAUCGAGGAGCAUCGUCGGCAGCUGGCGAAGGAUCCGUCGCCGACGGAGAGCGAUCUUAUCUAUGCCUAUCUCCAGGAGAUGAGCGAUCGCAGUGCUGGCGGCGAAAGCAGCAGCUUCAACGAGACGCAGUUGGUGAUGACCAUCCUGGAUUUCUUCAUAGCAGGCUCCCAGACCACCAGCAACACGAUCAAUCUGGCCCUAAUGGUGCUGGCCAUGCGGCCGGAUGUCCAGGAGAAGCUCUUCGCCGAGGUAACCGCCAGUGUGGCCGCCGCCAGCUCGGAUGCAUUUCCUCACUUGAGCCGGCGGGAAUCCUUCGACUACAUGGACGCCUUCAUCAUGGAAGUGCAGCGCUUCUUCCACAUCACUCCGAUUACCGGUCCGCGGAGGGCUUUGUGGUCCACCAAGCUGGGUGGCUACGACAUACCCAAAAACGCCACCAUUCUGAUCAGCCUGCGCUCCGUGCAUCUGGACAAGGAUCAUUGGAAGGAUCCGCUCGAGUUCCGUCCAGAAAGGUUUAUCGAUCCAGCUGGCAAAUGCUUCAAGGACGAGUACUUUAUGCCCUUCGGCAUGGGCAGACGUCGUUGCUUGGGCGAUGCCCUGGCCCGUGCCUGCAUCUUCUCGUUCCUGGUCCGGAUCGUGCAGCACUUCAGCAUUGUCCUGCCGGCGGGCGAGACUCCAUCGAUGGUCCUGCUGCCCGGGAUUACUCUUACUCCGAAACCCUACAAGGUGCAGUUCGUCAAGCGCGCUUAGGUGCAUUACUACAUUUGACGGUGUCGGGAAUAUAGGAUAAAUUUCGAUUUGUAGAAUUACCCUGAGCUGUUCCCGAGGGUUCAAAAAAUUAGUUUAAAUCUGUAGCUAUGAUUAAACCAUGGCACAUGACACUCAAACUAUUUAAAGAUUCGAUUUAAAAACAUGCCGAAGCCAUCUUAAAAGAAUAUUUGGCUUUUUACAUACUGAAUACUGCAUAGUUGUGGUCUAGUUGUUCUUUAUUGAUGUGUCCUCAAAAUUAAAUAAUAAUGUUUCAUAAUUUAAACGAAUUUACAGGCGGCAAUUUGCGUAACAAAAUCAAAUAAAAACAUUUCAAGUUA